UCUUAAUAUAAUAUAUUAUUAUAGACUUUAAAAUAAAAAAAGCUACAAAACAAUCAUUAAGCAUAAUCAUAAAUUGAAGAAAACCUAAAUAAAAUGAUAUCUCUUACAAAUAUAAAAAUCGAUAACGAUGAAAGUAAUAUCUAAAUAGAAUAAAAAGAAGAACAUAAAAUAUUUAAAAUAUGCAUCACAGGUGGUCCUUGUGCAGGGAAAACAUCCUGUUUAGUCUUAGUCUCUGAAAAAUUAAGAGAUGAAGGCUUUAAUGUUUUUACAGUACCCGAAACUUCCACUAUAAUAGCUAAUGGAGGAGGGAUGAUUUAAAUGUAAACUUAUGAUGAUUAGUAAAGUAUUAAUUUUUAAAAAGCCCUUAUGAGAUCUUAAGUUUAAUUAGAAGAUACUUUCUAUGGAAUUGCUAAGCUAUCUAAGUAAAAAGCCAUUAUUUUAUGUGAUAGGGGAUUAAUGGAUGGUAGUGCUUAUUUACCAUUAAAUUUAUGGAAUAAUAUGCUUAAAUAAAUGAAUAUUGAUGAAGUAUAAGUUAGAGAUAGAAGAUAUGAUUGUGUUAUACAUCUUAUAACUGCUGCAGAUGGAGCUGUGUAAUACUAUAAUAAAAAUAAUAAUGCUAGACACGAAUCUCCUUAAGAGGCUAUUUGUGUAGAUAGAAAAUUAUAAAUAGCCUGGUUAGGACAUCCAUAUUUUAAAUUAGUUGAUAAUUAUUCUGUUAAAAAUUUUGAAGAAAAACUAAAUAAAGUAGUCACAAUUAUAAGAUAAGCAGUCGGUUUGCCGGCUUAGUUGAAAGAAUUACAUAAAAAAUUCCUUUUAGAUACUGAAUUUUUGACUCCUUAGUUUCCUGAAGACUUAAAGGUUUUAAAGUUCUUUAUUGAAGAUAAUUUUAUUUAACAUUCACUUUAUUUAGAAGGACCGGAGCAUAAAAUUUAUACUAAAGUUAGAAGAAGAGGGUGGUUAUCUUAAUAUAUAUAUAUUUGGUCUUAAAGUGAGUUUAAAAAUGGGGUUAUAGUAGGAAAAAAUAAAAGAUAAUUAAAUUUUAAAGAAUAUUUGUUUUAUCUUUAGUUAACUGAUAAAAAUAGAAAACCGCUUUUAAAAUAAAGAUUUUGCUUUAUAUGGGAAGGACUAUCUUAUGUUAUUGAUACUUAUAUUAAUAUUUAGGAAGGAUUUAGUACCUUAAAGGUUAAAAUGUAGGAUGAAAAUUAAAUGUGUUUAAUUCCGGAUUUCUUGAAUAUUAAAAGGGAAGUUACGGAUGAAAAAGGAUAUAAAAGUAGGUUUUUGUCGAAGAAAAACUGGUAUAUUCCCUCAGGAGAUGAAGAUGUGAUUAAUUUUAGAAAAGAAUCAUUAUGA